AUGCCCAAUCUAUUUUUAUUCGGGCUAUAUAAUACACAAAAACUCUUCUCUCUAAUUUUGGUUAUAAUGAUUACUUUAAAUACAAUGUGUAAAUUAUUUUUGCUAAUGUUUACUUUUAUUGCAAUUGGUCUUCUUAUUCCUCUGGGCGUGGCCUUAUACAUUAGAAGAAGCAGAAAGGAGAUAGACAUAGAUAUGCUAUCGUACAACAACAAGUACUUAAAAGAAUAUUUAGACAUGCCAGCAGAUGCCGAACAGCUCGAGCAGUAUAAAGUUCUAGCAAAAGCAAGUAUUUAUCUUGUAGAGAAAGAGGAGGAGAUUGAAGAAGAGUCUAAAAUCAUCCAUUCUCUGUUUUACUCUCGAAUGAUUAGCAGCACAAUGUGGGAUCACUUAAAAAAGAUUAAAGACGAGCUAAGCAUAGACAAAAUCACAAUAGAAGCCGAACUAGGCCGGUUUGCAAAGUUAGACAAAUCUAAAAUAGACAGCGCAGGAAUAGAAAAAUAUAAAAAGUCGGUUAUAGAUGCUCCCUGUAAGGAAAGGCUAUCAGGAUAUGUUUCUGAGUCUGACAGGGAUAGACUGUAUUUAAAUUUGACAAAAAAGGCUUCUCUUUAAAUAAAGCCAAGA